CGCAGGCUGAACUCAGUUUCUCUCUUCAGCGGUUAGACUAAAGGCAAGGCAUUAGAGAAAUCACUGAGCACCAGUCCAGAGCACAAUUCACCGGCUCGACUCAGCAUGUGACAGACAAAUAACCGGCACUGAGCACGACAGAGCAAACGGAGGUCGGAAAUUUUUGGAAUCGCUAAAUUGCUCAUACCUGGACAAUUAAACGGGAGGCUGUACAAAUUUAUGAGUCCUGGUUCUACAGAUCGUAGAGCGGUCACCCUCCAUCUCUGAGAGGCAAAAAGGAUCCACGCAGAAAUCAAGCUAUCAUGGCCCCAGAAAUCUGUGCGUCACUCUGGUGAGUGUGGGCCGUAAGAGGGCAGAAGACAUGUUGGGACAGAGGGCUGGGCAUCGCACUGAAGCUUGCUGUAGUAACCAUGGAAACGGUGUGGAGGAGUUUAGCCUGCGUUGGCAUCAUGGCCAUGGUUGCCAGCGGAGUAGCAAAGAGUUUGACUCGUGAGGAGUUUGCUCAGUAUCAAGCUGAGUUUCUGUCCAGUUUGGGCCAGUAUGAGAUCGCCAUCCCAUUGCGUGUGGGGCCGCGCGGGGAACGGCUUCCGGAAGUGGAGACCUCACGCGGACACGGACGACACCGGCGCAGCACAGAAGAUCCACAGCUGUAUUAUCAGCUGUCAACGUCGAGCGCCGACCUCCUCCUCAACCUUACGCAACAGGGAGGACUACUCUCGCGACAGUUUCGCGUGGAGUACUGGAAAAGGGGGCACGUGGCCUGGAGCCACCCGUACUUGCCCAAUUGCCACUAUGUGGGUCACCUGCAGCACCAACCUCACUCGAGUUCUGUGGCUCUUAGCAACUGUAAUGGCCUGCAAGGGGUCAUUGUAGCCGGUGGUGAGGAGUACCUUAUCGAACCCCUGGUAUAUGCUGAAAACACCACCAAUGAGGAUGGCAGAGAAGGGCGCCCCCAUGUGGUGUACAAACGGUCAUCUCUGAGAUACCAGAACAUGGACCAGUCCUGUGGAGUCAUUGAUGAAAAGCCCAGUAAGAAUUAUGGAUGGUGGCAAAGAACAAUAAAGCCAUCACCCAAUCAGAUGGGCCGGGGUCAGUUACCACUGAAGCGAUCUGUCAGCCGAGAGCGCUACGUUGAAACGCUGGUGGUCGCAGACAAGAUGAUGGUUAGCUAUCACGGCCGUCGUGAUAUUGAGCAGUACAUUCUGGCCGUAAUGAAUAUUGUUGCCAAACUGUUCCAGGAUUCUAGCCUGGGGAACGCAGUGAACAUCGUUGUGACCAGGCUUAUUUUACUGAUGGAGGACCAGCCCACGCUAGAGGUAAACCACCAUGCAGGAAAGUCUUUAGACAGCUUCUGCAAGUGGCAGAAAUCUAUCCUGCACCGGAACGGCCAUGGCAAUGCCAUUCCCGACAACGGUGUUGCUCACCAUGAUACAGCCGUCCUCAUGACUAGGUAUGACAUUUGCAUCUACAAGAACAAACCCUGUGGAACACUUGGUCUGGCACCUGUUGGUGGUAUGUGUGAACCGGAGAGAAGUUGCAGCAUCAAUGAAGACAUUGGUCUGGCCACUGCUUUCACUAUUGCACAUGAAAUAGGACACACAUUUGGAAUGAAUCACGAUGGCGUUGGCAAUGCAUGUGGGGUGCGCAGUCAGGAGACGGCUAAACUCAUGGCUGCCCACAUCACCAUGAAAACCAACCCCUUCGUCUGGUCUGCCUGCAGCCGCGAUUACAUCACCAACUUCCUCGACUCUGGAAUGGGUUCCUGCCUGAACAAUGUGCCACCCAAGCAGGAAUUUGUGUACCCUACCACAGCCCCUGGCCAAGCCUAUGACGCUGACGAGCAGUGCCGCUUCCAGUAUGGAGUGAAGUCUCGUCAGUGUAAAUACGGGGAAGUGUGUAGUGAGCUGUGGUGCAUGAGUAAAGGGAACCGCUGCAUCACCAGUAGUAUUCCAGCAGCCGAGGGCACCAUCUGUCAGACCAGCACCAUAGAGAAAGGGUGGUGUUACAAAAGAGUGUGUGUGCCCUAUGGAACUCGUCCUGAGGGCGUGGAUGGUGGGUGGGGUCACUGGUCCCCAUGGGAGGAGUGUAGUCGUACCUGUGGAGGCGGAGUCUCAUCCUCUGUUCGCCAGUGUGACAGCCCUAGGCCAACGGUUGGAGGGAAAUAUUGUCUGGGAGAGAGGAAGCGGUUCAAGUCCUGCAACAUUGAUGAGUGCCCGCCCGGAUCCCAGGACUUUCGGGAGAUUCAGUGUUCCGACUUUGACAGUGUUCCUUUUCGGGGAAAAUUCUACACCUGGAAACCAUAUAGAGGGGGUGGGGUGAAGUCAUGCUCGCUGAACUGCCUGGCAGAAGGCUAUAACUUCUACACUGAACGCGCUCCAGCUGUGGUGGAUGGCACGCCAUGCAGAGGCGACUCUCUGGACGUGUGCGUUAAUGGAGAGUGUAAGCAUGUGGGCUGUGACCGGAUCCUAGGCUCAGAUGUUCGGGAAGACCGCUGCCGUGUUUGUGGAGGAGACGGGAGCAGCUGUGAGGUCAUCGAGGGGGUGUUCAAUGACUCCUUGUCCGAAGGAGGUUAUGAAGAGGUGGUCAGGAUUCCCAAAGGAUCUGUGUUUAUACACAUCCAGGAGCUCAACAUUUCUCUCAAUUAUUUGGUGUUGAAGAGCAAAUGGGAUCAGUAUUUUAUUAACGGCAAGCUGACCAUCGAUACACCACGACUCUUUGAUAUCGCAGGAACCACCUUUCACUACCGCCGACCCACCAAUGAACCAGAGACUUUGGAAGCACUUGGCCCCACAAACAUGACCUUGAUUGUUAUGGUGUUGGUCCGUGAAGAAAAUCCUGGCAUCCAUUACCGUUUUAACCCACCGGUCAAUAGAGAUCCACUGAGCGGUUACACCUGGCAUUAUACAUCCUGGUCUCGCUGCUCUGCGCUGUGUGCAGGAGGGGUUCAAGUCCAGCAGGUGGUGUGCAAGAAACAAGCUGAUCUCUCUGUUGUUUACAACCACUUCUGUGAUAAGAAAAAUAAGCCCAAAGACAAGAAAAGGAUGUGCAACUUGGAGCCCUGCCCUCCAGCGUGGAGAACGGGGGAGUGGUCAGAAUGCAGCAGAAGCUGUAAUGGAGGAGUGCUGACGCGGGAGGUCCUGUGUGAGAGGAAAAUCUCGGCCAUAGAAGCAAAAGUCCUGGAUGACUCUGCUUGUGCCGUCCCACGUCCUUCCAUCACAGAACCGUGCCAUAACCACUCCUGCCCACCGGAGUGGCAUGCGCUGAAUUGGUCUGAGUGUACCCCUAACUGUGGUCCAGGUUACCGUUAUAGGGUGGUUUUGUGUAAGAGUGGAGAUAACGGAGAAACACUGCCUGAGUCAGAGUGCCCAAAACAAAGCCGCCCUACCACAAGGGUGCGCUGUAACAUACAACGAUGCCCCCCACCUCAGUGGGUUAUGGGAUCCUGGGGAGAGUGCUCGGCUAAGUGCGGGAUGGGUCAGGAAAUGCGAUUAGUGCAGUGUUUGACACACACCGGUCAGCCGUCCAAUGAAUGCCCGGAGUCGCAUCGGCCAGCAUACAUGCAGCAGUGCAAGAGCAAGUGUGAAUACAGUGGACCUACGGAUAACCCUGAAGAGUGUAAAGAUGUGAACACAGUGGCAUACUGCCCCCUGGUGCUCAGGUUCAAGUUUUGCAGCCGCCCGUACUUCAGACAGAUGUGCUGCAAAACCUGCCAGGGACACUGACCCAACUCUCUCCGUCUCUGUCUUUUUCUCUCUUGUGCUCACUUGGACCUCCCCAUUCCUCCUUUCUUCUUGCAUGGCCAAACCGCCCAUGCUCAGCAUUUCACUGGAGGAGUGCUGUUAACCACUGGCAGACUGACAUCAUUGUAGGAGAGUGGGGAAGAAAUGAGAGAGAGAGAAAGAGAGAGUCUGUGCUGCUCUGUCUCUCCUCCCAUUCCAGCUGCUUUGGCCCUGCUACUGUGAAUACCAGUCUGCCUAAAGAUUUGCCAGUAUCUAUUUUGCUCUUAACAUGGUGCUUUUACCCAUCACCUGAAGGUUUUAGUUGACUUUGUCACACCUUUGCUGAUAGUUCUCAAGAAGCAAUAGUUCAGGAUUGUAAUGUGAUACAAGAACUCAUUCCAUAUCUUUUUUCUUAAGGGCCAUUCACACUGACUGUGAUUUGCAACAUGGCAACCAAUAGUUGUUUUUGAUGGGAGAAGACGUAAAGUGACAUGAACGAUUGUUCCUGCACUGUUUUCGACAGGGUCCACACUAAACAAAAAUAGAUUUUUAUAUAUAAAAAUUAUAGGAAAACAAGGGGUGCCCUAAAAUUAUGCCAAAACAGUGUUUUUUAACAUUGCGAUAACUUUGCUGACCUGCAGCAUGUGUAGUCCGAUUACCGAAUAAGUUACUGUUGUGAGCUAAAGAAUUUCUUAAAAAGAUUAGCAAAAAUUUUCACAGAAUUUAUAUAUGGCACAGAUUUAAAUAAAGUCUUUAGUGUUAUACAGCUAUAUAUUAUAGUCAAGAACACCUGCUAGCAACUAACAGUAUAUGUUGCUAGUGUUUUCAAAAUAUGUGUUUGUUGCGUCAUGUGAACCAUGUGAAUCACGUGUUUUGUCAAAAUAAGUGCCUGCUGCACACGUGUCAAAACCGUUUAUGAUAAAAGAGACGCUCACGUUCACAAAAUACACGCAAGACACUCCCUUAACAGUAAACUCUGAUCACACAUGAGAUUAUGCCAGAAUGCGCACAUAGGUUUACUCGACGCGCCGAACACAUAUUUAGAAAUUACGAACCACACACAUGACGGGCUACAUACAGUAAGGAAAAUUACUAUUUGAACACCCUGCUAUUUUGCAAGUUCUCCCACUUAGAAAUCAUGGAGGGGUCUGAAAUUGUCAUCGUAGGUGCAUGUCCACUGUGAGAGACAUAAUCUAAAAAAAAAUCCAGAAAUCACAAUGUAUGAUUUUUUUACUAUUUAUUUGUAUGAUACAGCUGCAAAUAAGUAUUUGAACACUUGAGAAAAUCAAUGUUAAUAUUUGGUACAGUAGCCUUUGUUUGAGGUCAAACGUUUCCUGUAGUUUUUCACCAGGUUUGCACACACUGCAGGAGGGAUUUUGUCCCACUCCUCCACAUAGAUCUUUUCUAGAUCAGUCAGGUUUUUGGCCUGUCACUGAGAAACACAGAGUUUGAGCUCCCUCCAAAGAUUCUCUAUUGGGUUUAGGUCUGGAGACUGGCUAGGCCACGCCAGAACCUUGAUAUGCUUCUUACAGAGCCACUCCUUGGUUAUCCUGGCUGUGUGCUUCGGGUCAUUGUCAUGUUGGAAGACCCAGACUCGACCCAUCUUCAAUGCUUUAACUGAGGGAAAGCGGUUGUUCAUCCUCUCCUUAAUACAGUGCAGUCGCCCUGUCCCAUGUGUAGAGAAACACCCCCAAAGCAUGAUGCUAUCACCCCCAUGCUUCACAGUAGGGAUGGUGUUCUUGGGAUGGUACUCAUCAUUCUUCUUCCUCCAAACACGUUUAGUGGAAUUAUGACCAAAAAGUUCUAUUUUGGUCUUAUCUGACCACAUCACUUUCUCCCAUGACUUCUCUGGAUCAUCCAAAUGGUCAUUGGCAAACUUAAGACGGGCCUGGACAUGUGCUGGUUUAAGCAGGGGAACCUUUCGUGCCAUGCAUGAUUUCAAACCAUGACGUCUUAGUGUAUUACCAACAGUAACCUUGGAAACGGUGGUCCCAGCUCUUUUCAGGUCAUUGACCAGCUCCUUCUGUGUAGUUCUGGGCUGAUUUCUCACCUUUCUUAGGAUCAUUGAGACCCCACAAGGUGAGAUCUUGCAUGGAGCCCCAGUCCGAGGGAGAUUGACAGUCAUGUUUAGCUUCUUCCAUUUUUUUAUGAUUGCUCCCACAGUGGACCUUUUUUCACCAAGCUGCUUGGCAAUUUCCCCAAAGCCCUUUUCCAGCCUUGUGGAGGUGUACAAUUUUGUCUCUAGUGUCUUUGGACAGCUCUUUGGUCUUGGCCAUGUUAGUAGUUGGAUUCUUACUGAUUGUAUGGGGUGGACAGGUGUCUUUAUGCAGCUAACGACCUCAAACAGGUGCAUGUAAUGUAGGAUAAUAAAUGGAGUGGAGGUGGACAUUUUAAAGGCAGACUAACAGGUUUUUGAGGGUCAGAAUUCUAGUUUUCAUAUACUUAUUUGCAGCUGUAUCA